CGCGUUCGCCCACCUCUCUGCCGCCUUCGUCUUCCAUACAGCAGGAGUUUAACUUCUGGCUCCAUAUGAGCAACAACCUAUUGACGUUAAGCGUUCACUGAUAAUCGAUUCGGGUUUCGAUAAACGGCUUCGGUGAAUUGUUUGCUCGGUACCGUAAGCGCAGACUGAGAGGCGCGUGUACAGACCGCAGUGUCAGUGACAGUGACACAUCAGUGGUCUCGUGCGCGAGUUAAUGUGUGUACGGGUUCGUUCGGCUCCGGAGCGCUUUCCCCGCGGUUCCCCCAGCGUCUGCAACAAUGAGCGAAUACUUCAGCCUGUCGGACAGUGAUGUUAUCGGCUUUGACCUGGAUCACACGCUCUGCCGCUACCAUCUGAAGGAGACCUCCAGGUUGAUCUAUGAGAGCUUUGCCAGAUAUCUGGUGGAGCAUAAAGGCUAUGACCAGGACCUGCUCAACCUAACCCCUGCUACCUGGGAUUUCUGUUUCAAAGGACUAGUAGUGGAUCUGGAAGAUGGAAACCUUGUGAAGCUAGCUGAAGAUGGAACUGUCUUGAGAGCGACACAUGGAACCAAUGACCUCAGCACCGAAGACAUCAUCAAACAUUAUGGUCCAAAGAGGGAGUGGAUGCACUUCAAUAGCCUCAAUACCUCCUUCACAAGAUCUGCAAAAUACUAUUUCUAUGACAACUACUUUGAUCUACCUGGGGCUCUCCUCUGUGGAAGAGUUGUGGACAUGUUGCAUAAGCGAGGAAAUGAGGUGAAUUCCGACUUUUGGAAAGAUAUGGUUGCUGCCAUCGACCACAAUUACAAAACAUCUGCAUUCAAAGAGGAUGCAGGGACGUACUUCCCCAGUGUGAAGAGGGACCCGGGCCGGUACCUGCAGCCCUGCUCUGACUCUGUCAAGACCUGGCUGCGUAGCAUGAAGAAUGCCGGGAAGGUCCUCCUCCUCAUCACCAGCUCCCACAGUGACUACUGCAGGCUUAUCUGUGAACACAUCCUGGGGAAGGAUUUUGAAGAGCUAUUUGACGUCAUCAUCACAAACGCCCUGAAGCCCGGUUUCUUCUCCUUGGUGCCUCAGCAGAGGCCCUUCAGGACCCUUGUGAAUGACGUGGAGGAGAGUGAGGGCCUUCCAUCGCUGGACAAACCCGGCUGGUACUCCCAGGGCAACUGGCCGCACCUCCACGAGCUGCUCAAGACCAUGACGGGCAAACCAGAGCCCAAGGUAGUGUACUUUGGAGAUAGCAUGAGGUCGGAUAUGUUCCCUGCCUGCAGCUUUGGGAAGUGGGAGACCGUGAUGAUCGUGGAGGAAAUGGAGGGGGAGGGGGUCCCGAAGAGUGACGCAGCAAUGUCUAAUGAGGCCCAAGUGGAGCCGCUGGAGAAAAGGGGAAAGUUUGAGGAGCAGGGCAUGAAGUCUCCCUCUGAUGUGUCCAAGCAGUGGGGCUCCUACUUUGUCGACUCACAUAGAAGCGGAGGAGGUGACGAGGAGAGCCAGAAACUGACCUGGUGCUGCCACUGCAUUCACAAAUACAGCACCAUGGCCAUCCCUAGUGUUGAGCACAUAGCAGAUCUCCCCCUGGACUACAAGUUCUCCCGGUUUUCUCCCGACAAACCCUGCACAACCGGCUACUACCCCAGGCCCCCGGAUUCUUUGCUGAAGAGGUGCGAGAGUCUGUCGUAAAAAAAAAAAGAAAGGGAAAAAGUAAAAAAGAAAAUGUCCUCCUUUACCCCUUUGCCUCAGGAGAGGAAUGUGCCUCCCUUUUUGCCUGUAGUUUCGCACCUGACCCGCCGCCAUCUGUGGAGCACAGGAAGCAUACACUCCUCACCCAUUUAGAAAAACCAUGUGAAUGUAAGCCACAGUAUCUCUCUGUAAUAACGCCUACAUUUGAACGUUGUUUUGUGGUUUAGUGUACUGUACACGUGGAAGUACGACAAAAUAAGUGUGUGUGUGUGUGUCUGCAUACAGUAAUAAUAGAAAAUGUAGUGUUUUAUUGUUUCAUGUGUGAGGCCCUUAUUAUUUUCUAUGGUAGAUUGUUUAAAAAUCUUAAUUCUCUGAACUUUUCCAAAAUAAGGUGAACAUUUGACCGUCUCUUUAUCCCUGAAGUGAUUACCUCAAGAACGUUAUCUACUGUCAGCUGGACCCAGAUGGUCACAGUGUGUUUGUCCCUAAAAUUCCUUUGCCGUCAUUGUGUCAGUAUUUCUGUAUAACACUGUUAUUGUAAAGUUCUCUUUUCUAAAUAAAGUUUCACUGUAUGCAUUUCAGGAACCAUAACAAUAGCUUUAUGGUCCUCUGUUUCCCCUGUGUCAGUUUCGUAUAAAGUGUUAAUCUUCAGGUCAUUGUUGCUAAAGAACUGGCACAAUUCUGUCCUCUGUGUUGGCUGUCUCAAAAACACAACUUUGGGAAACACUUAAUAAUAAUAAUUGAUGAAGAAGACUAUGCUAGAUGUUCUCUGUAUUAUUUUUGGUGCAACGGUGACGUGCUCUUUGAGUGAUUGUGUAAAAACAUUGACUACUCGUGAUUCAUUCAUAUGCAGUACCAGAUUGAGAGAUGCCUACCGACUUCUGAAUGGUGAUUUUGUCGGUGUGCAUAGAUAAUAUUUAAAAGACAUUCAGUUUAGGAAAGAUCUGGAAGUUUGCUUGUUUCACUCACUUCACUAAAGGUUGAUUUCAGAUUUGUCUCUGUGCAUCUGGGAAGUGUUUAGCCUAGCUUAGCACUGGACUGCUCUUAGCCUCAGUCCAAUGAGGAAAAAUACAACUUGCAACAACUCCAAAACUUAAAUGUUACGUCUUGAUAUUUAGCAAGUUUGUCACAAAACAAGAGUGAACUCUAGGGGUCAGUUGAGUUCAUUUGACAACAGAGUUGGGACUAAACUAAAAUGGUAUCAUUGGUCCACUUGGUUUAUAUUAACUGAGAACCAACGUGGGAAUCCAUGCGUGCCAGGUCCAAAUGAUAGUCUGUGCAGUCUCAUCCCAUUCCUCUAGGGUCUACAUGUCAAUAUUUCUAAUACCUAACUGGAUCCAAGCUGACUCAAAAUAGGCUAUCAUCUAUUUUGGUCAGUUCAGGUCAACCCCAUUUCGGCUCGGUUCUUAUUAUCCAUGGGUCUAUUUUGAAAGAGUCUGAAUGUAUGCGGGUCACGUCUGCUUCUUAUUGUUGCGUUAGCAAAGGGAACAACAAUAGUUAUAGUUAAUAGCUAGUUUGCUAACAGGCAGGCCAGAGUGACCAUGCAUUUACAAACGCCCCCUUCUGGAGUGCAGGGUAGGCCUGUUGUGCUUGUACACUUGGAAUUUUAGUUUGAGAGAGAUCGUUACAUACCUAAUACGUAUUCUGUCUAAACUGUAGAUUGAAUUUUGAAUAAAAAGCAUCGGCCCUACUGUGUACGGUCACUGCACUUAGCUGGUCUUUGUCACAAAUAUAUUUUAGUUUCAACGUUGUUUUACAUAAACAAUACAAAAUGUAAAUAAAAUUAGUUUGGAGGUUUUUUUAGAAGUACUUUUUAUGGAGCCAGACUAGCUUCUUCGCUAGCUGCUAGCUUGUUUGCUAGACUUUGUGCUAAACUGGGUUAAACAUCCAAGGCUAAUCUCUACGUUAACCCCACACAGGUGAUACUGGUUUCAAUUUUCUCAUCUGGCUCUGAGUAAGUCAUCAUACAAGAGGAUUUCCCAAAUUACCUUUUAGAUGACCAUCAUUUCACAAAUAAAGAGAGAAUAUUUUGACAAUGAGCUGCACAUAGCUGAAAUAGGUACGUGAGAAUGGUCAUCCAAAGUGUAUUAAUACUUUUGCUGUGUGCGCACGUUUUCGGCAUAGGCUACAGCUGUGGUGAUUGUACUUUUCUUUCCUCAUUUUACCUGGAAAAUCUGACAUGCACAUUUGCCUUAUGUUGGAUUCAUUUGUGGUCUUAAGUUUUUGAAAACACAGGGAAAGUUCAAUUCUGUGUUCUAGUGUUGAAGUACUGUCAAUGAAAUAAAAUGUUCUACAAUUUUUUUUACAUGGGG